AUGUCGCCUUUUCUUCAGCCCCGAGCAGCCGCGCCGCCAGAGCUCGCGAACCUUGCCGCCACCUCGACUUCUCCGUGUCCGGGACAUCGGGAUGUCGCCGGCAUGCGGAACGAAGCCGCCCCAAGUGGAUCCACGCCCUCCGCCAUCGCCCGCUCUCCCGCCGUCCUUCCUCACCUCGAAUUGGUCGUGCCGAGAAACAAGGCUGCCGAGCCAAAUUUGCUGAACCAGGCUGCCAAGUUUGAGUUGUCCUUUCUAGAGUCUCUUUUGCGUCAUGGUAUAUCUGUUAUCGAGAAUGAUGCUCAGAAAAUUCUUCGUUCCAUGCCAAAUGACAUUUUGUUUCGACUCGAUAACACCAGAUAUAAUGCUAAUGAUAGGAAGCGCGGUCUAAAACUGCUCUGGCUGGAGUUGUAUGCUUUGUGA